CUCCCAGUACAGCAUCACAGUGACGUCAUGUGCGCAUAGACAGAACAGAUAGAUGCCCUUACAGUUCUAAUCAGAGCUCUAUAGCCUUUAUAAACCUUCUGCAUGUAAAAAGGGCUUUUUGGAGCCUGCCAGAGAAGCAGCAUCAUGCAUCGGAGCGCAGUGGUCGUGGUGGCGGAUAAAAUGAGCCUGAAAAGGCCCUUUAUCUUUGCAAACGCUGUGCAUAUGGCGCUGUGCUUCUUCAUGUUGACGAUGACAGUCGCUUGGCAUAGAGACCUCAUACAAACUGGCAAAUAUUGCCUGAACACACCACAGCAGCAGCUUUUUAUAUUGCUGGAAGACCUGAGUUCAAACCCUCAUGUUGGCAAGCAUCUGCCAGCUGAAGUGUCCUUGGGCAGGACAGUGAAUUAUCUGCAGCUGGUGUCCAGUAUUUCUGUAGUGAUAAUGUACGUGGUAGAGAUCGGCUGCCUGCUGCUCUCAGUGCUCGGUGUGAUCGGAGCCUGUAAAGGAAAGAGAUGGUGUCUGAUUCUGUAUGCAACUGGGAUGGCUGCAGCCAGCCAAACAAUAAUUGUGAGAACAGCACUAAGUUACCAAGAUGUUUAUGAGAAACGUGUGGUCCGUGAGGAGAACAAGUUGCUGUCCAUGAUGCCACUUACUGGAACCAGCAAAGCCAACAGAACCCUGCUGUAUAGUAUUCAACAAGAGUUUGAGUGCUGUGGUCUUAUUGAAGGCUAUAAAGACUGGGGCUCUACCAUCCCUGCCUCCUGUAACUGUCAAUAUCCAGGAAAAUGCAUUCGACUACGGGGCAUCGCCACACUCGGGGCUCCAAAGAACCAGUAUGUUUAUCAAGAGCCUUGCCUACCGAUCUAUGUUUCCGAACUGAAGCUCGCAUUCUCGUUAGCGAUGGCUGUACAAUUUGGAAGUGGAGUAUUUUGGGUGGUUCUACUCGUCAUGAGCAUCAAGCUGAUGGGCCAGAUCAAAAGGAAACAGGAGUUCAUAGCUCUCCUCCAAUCAAACAGAUAUGUCCCCGGUGCCUUCUAGUCACCUAGUAUGUUUUGAUACACACUUCAAAAUUAUUAUCGAGCAUACCUUAUUUGUAUUUGCACAUGUAAACACAUUAUGCUGUACACCAUAUCCUGGCUAAUUUUGUGCUAUAGCAGCAACAUAUGUUAGUUUUCUGUUAAUGCAUGUAACUGAUAUUGAAAAGUAAUCAAACAUGCAUAGAUCGAUUUCAAAUGACAUUUCUUUUGCCUUAAUGCUGUAAAAAAACAAUGCAAUUUAAUGAAAUCUCAGCACAAAAACGCUUUUGUCAUAUCUCUGAAAUUAUGUUCAAGAUGAUAUAUUUAUUACCAAGCAUUAACCAGCUAUCUGUUUUUCUUUGAGUAGAUGGAGCCGAUCCCGGCUUUUUUGUUAUUUACAGUAAGUGUUGUCUUAUCUGGAUAAUAUUUCCUUCAUACCUGGAUACGUCACUGAGUCUUUAGAAAAGACAGAUAUUUAUAAUUGCAUCUACUGUACCUAAAACGUUAGCAAAUUAAUCAAUUAAUUUAACACCUGUCGACCAACUUCUUUUAAACAUAUUUAAAUACUUGUCUUAAGCUCUCACUCAUUGAAUUUUCAGCAGUAGCGCAACCAAUAAUCUUUGAGCAAAUAAUACUAUUAAUAACCCUUAUGUAGCACCUUUCUUAAACAGUGUUUACAAUUGAUUGAAAUAUAAUCAUUUAUUUAUUAAUGAGCAAUGUGUUUUCUUGGGUAAAUAAUCAGGUUGGACAACGGAAUGAGCCUCAGCUCUCAUCGGGACAACGAAUGUCUUGUUAUGCACAAUGUAUAUUUGAAACUUCAUCACUCCAUUCAGUCAUUGUUAAAGCACAUUUUAGUGGGUGAAAGACACCCACUGGGAGGAGGAGGAGGAAGAGAAGGGAUUCUGUUUGGUUGCACAUCCAGUAGACAUGCAGUAAAUCCUCAAAUAUUUCGCCUCCAAAAUUUGAUUUCAAAGGGGUUGGGAGAAAUUCUGGCGAGGCCGCUGCAAACAGGUCGUGAGAGGCUAUUGUAGGAAAAAUGCGUCACCGAUAAUGUCCCAACUGAUGCCACUCUCACCGAAGAAGCCUUUUACGCCACAUCACUCCUAAUAUGACUUGCUGCAUGAGCUGCCUGCGGUUGAAAUGUCAUCCGUGACUAAUAUACUGUCAAAUGAAUUUCAUCUGAAACAGCAGAUCCAAUGUCUACCUGUGCACUUUAACCAUUAAUGCCUAAUACACAAUAUGUUCUUGCAAAAGUAUGGUGUUUUUAUUUCAGUCAUACACUGUUUUUUUAUUUAUUUAUCUAUGGAAUGAACGUAUGUAAUAUUUUGUAAAUAGCAGGAAUAAAAUAUGUGAUUCUUGUUCC